GAGGGAGUGUGUGGACCUACACACUCAGAGCUGUCAUCUGCUGGAGCUUUAAACUCUGCUGGUUGUGUGGAUUUUCCUCUGACACUUCCUGGACGAGGAGUCAGUCUGUGUGUGUCUGUGUGUGUUUGUGUGUGUAUGUGUGUGUUUCACCUUAAGGACCCUGUUUUUAGAUCUGAGGGGAAGUUUUUCUGUGUCACGGCUGAGUAUCACAGACUACUUGAGGUGAGACGCUGCAGUGAUCUUUUGUCCAUGGAGGCUGUUCGGUGGAGGCCGUCCGUCUUGUGCUGAGGUCACAGAUCAUCAUUUCACGAGUGUCCUGACUUCACAACAGUGCAUCAGUCUUCCAUUCAAGGAGCCCGGUGCUGCAGCGAGACAGAGAGGAGGGGGGGGGAGAAAAAUAAACACAGGUUUAAAAAAGACGCUCUUCAUGAAUCCCCCAAAACCCUGAAAGGCAGACAGUGUGACUUGGCUGGCGGUCUUAGAGGAGGCAAUGGGGUGGACACUGAGUAUGGCUCGGCUCUGUCUCCCAGCCUGCACUGUGCUGCUGGUUGGCUGCUUUCAUACGGCUGUCACAGAAAAUGAUGUCACUCCACGCCUCACCUUCUCCUACAAUGCAAAGGAGAGGACGACCAGAGGCUUCUCAGUCGGCGGGGUCUCCAACUACACCUCCCUCCUCCUCAGUAAAGAGGACAACACGCUGUACGUCGGCGCUCGGGAGAUCCUCUUCUCUCUCAACCUCUCGGAUAUCAGCGCAGUCAAGCUACAGAGAAACCUGACAUGGACCACUCCGGAGAAGAAGAGAGAAGAAUGCGGUUUUAAAGGCAAAGACCUGCAAACGGAUUGUUUCAACUACAUCAAGAUUUUACUCCGUAUGAACAGCACUCAUCUGUACGUGUGUGGGACCUACGCCUUCAGCCCCAUCUGUGCUUACAUAAAUGCUGCCGACUUCUCCCUCGUCAAGACCGACAGCGGUGAGAUCGUUGCAGAGGACGGACGGAGCCGCUGCCCGUUCAACCCUGAAUACAAGUCCACGGCCAUCAUGGCGGAUGGGGAGCUGUAUGCUGGGACAGUCAGUAGUUUCCAAGGAAAUGAACCCAUCAUUUACAAGAGUCUGAGCCAAGGAACAGCCCUAAAAACAGAAAACUCCCUCAACUGGCUUCAAGACCCGACCUUUGUCGGCUCUGCCUUCAUACAGGAGAGUCUGCCCGAGGGCAACCCGGUGGGCGACGAUGACAAGAUUUACUUCUUCUUCAGUGAAGCAGGAAAAGAGUUUGAUUUCUUUGACAACACCAUUGUGUCACGCAUCGCUCGCGUGUGUAAGGGUGACACUGGAGGAGAGAGAGUUCUGCAGAAGAAGUGGACGACUUUCCUCAAGGCUCAGCUCCUCUGUUCUCUGCCCGAUGAUGGAUUCCCCUUCAACAUAAUCCAGGACAUGUUUGUGUUGACGCCGAGCCCAGAUGACUGGAAGAACACUGUGUUUUAUGGAGUCUUCACGUCUCAGUGGUACAAAGGGGCCUCAGGAAGCUCUGCAGUCUGCUCCUUCACCAUGGACCAGGUGGAAAAAGCGUUCAACGGACGAUACCGAGAGGUCAACAGAGAGACCCAGCAGUGGUACACGUACAACCACCCGGUCCCAGACCCUCGGCCUGGAGCGUGUAUCACCAACGCUGCCAGAGAGCAGGGCAUCUCCUCCUCGCUGCACAUGCCGGACAAGGUGCUGAACUUCGUCAAAGACCACUUCCUGAUGGAUAGCGUGAUCCGCAGCCAGCCUCUCCUGCUCAAACGCAAUGUCCGCUACACGCAGAUCGCUGUCCAUCGAGUCCUGGUGGCGCACAAGGCCUAUGACGUGCUCUUCAUUGGCACAGAUGAUGGAAGGCUCCAUAAAGCAAUUAACGUCAACAACAAGAUGCACAUCAUCGAGGAGAUGGUGCUCUUCCGUGGUUCCCAGCCGGUGCAGCACAUUGAGUUGGAUACUGACAAGGGUCAGCUUUACGUUUCCUCCUUCUCUGAGCUGGUGGAGGUCCCGGUCGCCAACUGCACUAAUUACCAGAGCUGCGGAGAGUGCAUCCUCUCCAGGGAUCCUUACUGUGCCUGGAACGGGAGGCUGUGUCUGGAUGUCAGGCAGGCGUCAGCACGAAGUGUCUGGCAGCAGGAUGUGGAUGAGGCCGACACGUCAGCUAUUUGCAACAAGGCGGUGGCAAGCCCACGUGUAAAACCUCCACCCACGCGAACGCCUUCGUGCCAGGUGAUCAUUAUCCCAGCCAACACAUUCAAAGUACUGCCUUGCAAACCGCGCUCGAAUCUGGCUGAGCGGAGGUGGGAGUUCAGCGAGAGUACAGGUCACUUCCAUUACCCCAGCCCAGACGGAGGGCUGGUGGUGGUAGCUCAAGCUGACAGGCAGGAAUCCUACGAGUGCUGGUCGGUGGAGGAAAGCUUCCGGCAGCUGCUGGCGAACUACUGUGUGAGGGGCGAGGCCAAGCAGGAGAGCACAACCCUGAACGGCCGGUUGCACACGCCGCAGAUCUUGCAGGAGGAGUUCGUCAUCCUGCCGGGGAAGGCCCACUUGCCGCAGAUGAACACCAAGACCUACUGGAACGAGCUGAUCGUGGUGUGUGCCCUCCUGGUGCUGUCCCUGGUCGUCUUCUUAUUGUUUGUGGUCUACAGGAACCGCAGCCACAUGAAGUCCAUGCUCAAGGAGGAGCAGCAGAAGAAGCCCAGGAUAGUGGUUAAACCCGCCGAGAACUUGCCGCUCAACGGCAACACGGUCACGGCGUCGGUGUCAGACCACAAGGGCUACCAGACCCUUAAUGACAACUACAUCUGCAGCACUCCGCCGCACGAGAGCUCAUCGCCCGACAACAGCAAGGGCUUCUCCGAUGCGGAGAAGAGGCUCCUGAACUUGAAAGAGAGCCACGUAGAGAUUUCUCCCGCAUGCCCUCGACCUCGGGUCCGACUUGGCUCUGUGAUUAAAGACUCUAUAGUGUGAGGCUUCAGCUUCGUCUUCAUGUGGAGAGACCCAUUUUAAACUGAGAGGAGAGAGUGCACUUGCUGAGAAAGACAAAACCCUACAAGAGGGGAAAUAGACUCUUCAUGGAGAACACAUUUCAUCACACAGAUUUUGCACUUUGUCUUUUUUUCUUUUCGUUCGGUCCCUGUGGCCCAUGUACAUUUCGUUGUAUUUUCGUCUCACAUGCAUUUUCAGGUGCAUUCAUAAGCGCUCUGAAGAAGUUCCAGUUUGCCUUCAGACUUUUGAUGCUUUCAUAUACGGCUCACGGGAUUGUACCGAGCGGAGCUGGAGCGUCACAACCACGAUUCAGAGACCGAACUUCUUAGCAUCGCCCCUCCAGUCCGUCCAUGUAAUCUAGAGGUGAUGCUUCGCAAGGCGGAGCGAUGUUCAGACGUGCUCCCGCUAACAGCUGAUACAGAGUUUUCUGUUUUCGAUUUUCAUUCUGUCAUCUGGUUAGAGCCGACCCCCAGCUGAGGCUAUGCACUAUGUUCUGUACGGUAGCAGGUUAAACACAGUCAGCGACAGGCAAGAAAGAAACAUAGGUGUCCUGUGAAAAAGUCUCCAUUAGCCUGUGUGUGCUCACCAUAGACUCUGCAUAAAGCUGGACGACGUGUCUACACUUCCUCCCGCUGUGAAAAAGUUCAAAUAUCCGGCACAAAACUGCCACCAUUUUGCAUUUUAGCAGAAUUUGAGGCCAGACUGUGCAGCAGUGAUCGUGGUGUGGAGCCACGUUAUCGAGGUCCCUGCUGAUACAUGCACUUGAAGUUAUUAAGACCAAAUUUACUGGAAAAACAUGAGCACUUCAACAAACAUCUAUGUGAUGACAACUACCUAGAAUGAUAUCAACCAUAUUUGAGAAGAAACACAUUUUAACGUUAUAUUGACUUUUCAGUGGCCUUUUUUUCCUCAUGUCCCAUUUUUCAACAUGGAUUAGGCCAAUUUGUCAACCUAUCCUGAAACCAGCCACCAGGGGGCUGUCAUGUCAUCCAUCUUUAUAUACAGUCUGUGGUCUGAACCAUAGAGUGUAUAUACAAAUGAACGACAUGUCUCCACUUGCACCUGCCAACAUCCAGAGAUGAAGCCAAAAAAUCCCAGAUAUGGAAGAGGCCAUCUUGAUUAUUUGGAUCUAGAGUCUGCGCAGUAGCAGAGUCCGCAAACAUGUACUCGACCAACUAAACCAAACCCACUGGAAAUAUUAGCACUUCAACAAAGAGGAAGAUGGUUUACGACCUAUGCUGUAAUUAGCCACCAGGGGGAAGAUCAAGAGGAUGUGGCUUCACUUUUGGGAAGCAGUCAUGUCGUCCAUCUUUAUAUAAAGUCUACCUGUAUUCAUUGUUUUAGCUGAAAUAUAACAACAGCUAAAAAGAAGAGUUGUCCUGAGAAUUCAAUAAUUCAAUAAUCACACACCAUAAAAUAAUCCGAAAUGACACAAAUGUACUUUUUAAAGUAUUGGUAUGACUAGUGGAUACAAAUAUCCCUCAGUGGAAAACCGACUGCCAACAGGGUUUUCUUUUUACCAAACGUGAUAAAGGGAAAACAAAACGCUCAUUCCAGGUAUUAUCAUGUUCUUCAUGAGAUAGGCCGUCUAUGCAAAGCAAAUAAUGUGAAGUGGGGUAAGCACCGAAAGAAAACCUCACCUCCAGACUGAGUAAGCACAAAAGGUGUUGGCACUGUUAACGACUGUUGGAUCUGUGGCACUGCGAACACAGCCCGACACGCGCUCACACUCAUUACACCGACUGUAAGUAUGCAAGAGCCUUUAGCCUUUUAGGUGCAUUUCAGGAAGAAGAUAAUGAAACUUAAAAAGGCUGUCAUCACACGAAAAAAAGAUACGAGACAAGGCUCCGCUACAGGAAAGUAAAUCUUCAUUUACAGAGAGAUGUUUAUUCAUUACAGUCGGUGUCUUGAAUAUCUGUCACUACUCUCCAAGAUAUUAUUGAAUAUUUAAAUACUACACAUAUACAUAAUCUGAGUUAGAUAACACACCUCUGUAUAGCCUCAACUUUGAUAUACAUAUUAACUUACCUGAGUGUUGAUGAAUGGAGGGAAAAAGCCCUCUGCCUCUGCUUGCUUCAAUUGUUUUAAAGGCAACCAUAAAAAGCAAUAACCUUCAUUCACAUCGAGUAACAAACAUAAGGAUUGUGUAUUUUAAUAUUCCAUCUCCAUAUUCACAAACAACGAUUUCCCAAACCAUGUAACCCAUUACAAUGAUGGGUCGGUUCUGACAGCAUUUUUUCGUCAAAAUGUUUUAAAGUCUUACUUGAGUUUGCCUCUCGGAUUGUAACAACAAUUUAAAUUUCACUAAAAAUACAGCAUCCAGCUCGACUCAGAAUGCAUAGGAUUUGCACACGAUGUUGAAAAAGCCUUAGUACAAUGCAGGUUAUUAUGGGUUUGAUAACAAAUCUGCCUUUGGGGAAAACGGAUAAUGCCUUCUGAAACCAUAAUCAAGAGAUGUGCCUCUUGGUGUAAUAAUCUAAGCAGGUAGUAGAGCUGUAGGUGUGAGAGGACAGGCCAUGCUCAGAAAAAUGAAUAUGUAUGAUUUGAUACUGUCCACAUUGUACAGAAUUGUACAGUAUGAGGUGUUUAUUUAUUUUUUCUAAAUGGUGGCUUCGAACUUAGACAGGGACUAAAAUUCAUUCUUAAAUUGUAGCACAUAAAUAACCACUGGCUGAUUUGAAAUACUGAAUCAUAGAUAGUAUUAUGUUGCGUUUGUCUAUAAACAAUCGUGCAGUAUGAAAGAUUGAUGCUCUGACUGUUAAUUGAAAAACACAAACCAACGGCAGCUUUGGGUGAAGCAGCUGUCAUCAGAACUAUAUGGUAAAGUUGCAAUGUGAAAUAUGUGCAGGUACCGAACACAAGCCACAGUGAAAGUAUCCUCGUCUCGCUCUCUCUUACUGAACCACUGCAGUCAGGCCUUCUGUACGGGGCAUCAGCGUCGCGACAACUCUGGUUGACAUGUAUUGUAUAAAAAAAAAAGUACACGUGAAAAAAAUACGUUUUUAUGUAAAACAGUUUUGUAAAUUCAGCUGCCAAUGUAAAAAAAUGUAUUGUGAAUUGUAUUUUAUUUUGUACGAUACAUCACUACUGUUUUUUCCUUUUGUUUUCUUUUUGUACUGUAUAUAAAAAGCACUUUAUUUUAAUUUUUCAAAUAAAGAACAAAAUGAUAAUUUU